AUGACAUAUAUGAGGUCAGAUAAGGAAGACAUGAGGUCAGAUAAGGAAGACAUGAGGUCAGAUAAGGAAGACAUGAAUUCAGAUGAGGAAGACAUGAGAUCAGAUGAGGAAGACAUGAGGUCAGAGGAGGAAGAGAUGAGUUCAGAUAAGAAAGACUCAGAUGAGGUAGACGAGAUGAGGAAGACGAGGUCAGAUAAGAAAGACAUGAAGACAGAUAAGGAAGACAUGAGGUCAGAUAAGGAAGACAUGAGGUCAGAUAAGAAAGACAUGAGGUCAGAUAAGAAAGACAUGAGGUCAGAUAAGGAAGACAUAAGGUCAGAAGAAGACAAUAGUUCAGAGGAGGAAGCCAAGAGGAAACCAGACAGAAACUUUGCUCUACCUCAGUCCCAAAGGCACAGUAGAAGACGGAAGUUGAAUACAAGACCUCAGUCUACAUUAGAGUUGGUUGGGGAGGAUUAG